ACCGUAUAUAAAAGUGAUAACAUCACCCAAUUCAGAAACCCUUCUGUUAACACUUACCACUUUCUUUCUCUCCUUGAGUUUUAUCGCUUACGGUCCAAUGUCGGUGGCGGCGCCAACUUCCUUCUCCAUCACUUCCUCCGCCGCCUCUUCCAAAACCCUAAAGCCAUCCACCAGAGCCCUGCCGCACACUCUCGGCUUCCUUUCCACUUCCAGCGCUUCGCUCAAGCCGCUCCGAGCUCGGAUUCUUCAGUCCUCUGGCACGGCCACCGGCUCCGCCAUGGCGUCCGUCAUGGUCUCCGCUCCCAUCGCCACCAAGUCCCCGGCUUUGCUCGAUUUCGAGACAUCCGUGUUUAAGAAGGAGAAAGUGUCCCUGGCUGGCCACGAUGAGUAUAUUGUGAGAGGUGGGAGGGAUUUGUUUAAGCUGUUGCCUGAUGCUUUUAAGGGUAUCAAGCAGAUCGGAGUUAUUGGUUGGGGUUCACAGGGACCUGCACAAGCACAGAAUUUGAGGGAUUCUCUUGUAGAAGCAAAAUCUGAUAUCGUUGUUAAGAUUGGUUUGAGGAAGGGUUCUCGCUCCUUUAACGAGGCCCGUGCAGCUGGAUUUACUGAAGAGAAUGGAACCUUAGGAGACAUAUGGGAGACUGUUGCAGGGAGUGAUCUGGUUCUGCUCUUAAUUUCAGACGCAGCUCAGGCCGAUAAUUAUGAGAAGGUAUUUUCACACAUGAAGCCAAAUAGCAUACUUGGGCUGUCGCAUGGUUUCCUUCUUGGUCAUUUACAGUCAAUGGGUCUUGACUUCCCUAAGAACAUUAGUGUUAUCGCCGUAUGCCCGAAAGGAAUGGGCCCUUCAGUAAGGAGAUUGUAUGUGCAAGGAAAAGAAGUCAAUGGUGCCGGAAUUAAUUCAAGCUUUGGAGUUCAUCAGGAUAUUGAUGGUAGGGCAACAGAUGUCGCUCUUGGGUGGUCAGUUGCUCUUGGUUCGCCUUUUACAUUUGCGACUACUCUAGAGCAGGAGUAUAAGAGUGACAUAUUUGGUGAACGAGGCAUUUUGCUGGGCGCUGUUCACGGCAUUGUGGAGUCGCUAUUUAGAAGGUACACCGAAAAUGGUAUGGCUGAGGAUGAUGCAUAUAAGAAUACCGUAGAGUGCAUUACAGGAAUUAUUUCAAAAACCAUUUCAACACAGGGCAUGUUGGCUGUGUACAAUUCAUUGACCGAGGAUGGAAAGAAGGCAUUUGAAGCUGCAUACAGUGCUUCGUAUUACCCUUGCAUGGACAUCUUGUAUGAGUGCUAUGAAGAUGUAGCUGCUGGCAGUGAAAUCCGGAGCGUUGUUCUUGCUGGACGUCGCUUCUAUGAAAAGGAGGGUCUGCCAGCUUUCCCAAUGGGUAAAAUUGACCAGACGAGGAUGUGGAAAGUUGGUCAGCGUGUACGAUCAGUUCGACCAGCCGGUGACCUUGGUCCUUUGUAUCCUUUCACCGCAGGUGUAUACGUGGCACUUAUGAUGGCUCAGAUUGAGGUUCUGAGGAAGAAAGGGCAUUCGUACUCUGAGAUCAUAAACGAGAGUGUGAUCGAGUCUGUGGAUUCACUAAACCCAUUCAUGCAUGCACGUGGGGUCUCAUUCAUGGUCGACAAUUGUUCCACAACAGCACGUCUUGGAUCAAGGAAGUGGGCGCCUAGAUUCGACUACAUUCUCACCCAGCAAGCACUUGUUGCCGUCGACAAUGGUACUCCUAUCAACAGGGACCUCAUCGGUAACUUCCUCUCAGACCCCGUACAUGGAGCAAUCGAAGUGUGCGCCCAGUUGAGACCCUCCGUCGAUAUCUCAGUGCCCCAAGAUGGCCAAGAUGCUGAUUUUGUGCGUCCAGAAUUGCGGCAGUCCAGCAACUGAGGUCUUCGAAGACCCCAACCGCCACCUUAGCGAGCUAGAUUCGUGAGUAAAGUUUGAGUCGGAACUAUUGUCUUUUAGGUUGUUAUUAUACAAUCGUACUUAUCCCCUGCUUGAACAUGAACAAUGUUUGCUAUUAUCAGACUUUAGUUUUGCUAUUAUCAGUAAUAAAUAAUCUUGCUCUGGACUGUUUUAUUACAU